AUGUUCUUCCCAUCUCCUCAACUUUUCUCAUGGUUUGCAAUCAUUUAUGGCCUACUCUUUCUAUUCUCAUCAAUUUUAUUGAUACUCGCUUUGUAUCUGCUUUUCUCGCAAGUGCUCUUUACCGCAAAACAAUACAAGAUUGUCCUUGCUUUGCAAAUGCUAGCUGCUUUCGAAUGCGAUGUUCUCGUGACUUUGAUGCGGCCUUUUGGUUUGGUUUCUGCGCAAACUGUUCUCGUACAAACGAGUCUGUUCAACUCAAUUGGCAGCUGUCUUUUUCUCCUAGGACUGUACUUGUUCCAUCUGCUUUUAUGUGGCAUUUUCUUCAUUUCACCGCUAUUUUGCUAUAACAGUAUCAAUCGGUGGCUCACGAUGUACAAUGAUAAAGCGUGCAUUGAUGGUGUGCUGGUAUGUCAAUUGACUGGUUUACCUUGUGGAGAAAAUCCACCCUACAUGGUCCAUUGUGAUUUCAAUUCGGCUCAACGCGCCACAUUGAACACUAGCAAAAUCGUGACCGCUUUUUACCUCAGCAGUACAUUUUUCUUGGCGGCAGCAAUCGUUUAUGAUGCGUUUCACCCGAAAUCAUAUAUGAGUGAAAGAACAAAAGAAAUGCACCGAUAUUUCAAUACAAUUUUCUUUCUACAGCUUCUCACGUUUAUCAUUUCAAUUGGGAUUCCGUUUUUUUUUCUAAUCCUCAUUGUUCUCAAAUCGGUUCAAGGCGAUAUUUUUGAAAUUGUAGCCGACAUGUUCCCUUUAUGGGUGAGCUUCCAUUCGCUUUUCACUUCGUCAAUUGUGAUCUUUGCCUCGAAAAGCAAUCGACGACUCAUUGUCACUUGGUGGAAAAGUACUUUCGGUCCGAUCAAUACAAUCCAUAUAAUUCCUCGUCAUUGUACCCCUGGCAAUGUCGAGCCAGCGGGACAACAGUCUGAGGAGUCGGUCCGCCGAGAAUCCUUGGCGACAAGAACUGAAAUGAUAGUGAGGCGAGCGACUCAAGAU